GGGUUAUGUGGACAGUGUUGUGGAAGUAACCGUCAGGACAACACUCGCCCGCGUCAGCUGUCACCUGCUGGAGACCUUUUGGUUCACGGCACGAGGGACUCUUCACGCUCUCUCCACCUACCAUAAACAAGGGAGGAGAACCCUCGGGCAAACUUCACCUGAUAUAUAUAGAAGAUAUCCUAGAGCCAUGACUGAGGCGCAGCUGCAAGAGUACACUCUCCGCUGUGCUAAGGCUGAGACGGAGACAGAGAAAUUGACUGCCCGUGUGCAAGCACUUGCAUCAGGCUGUUUCGACUCAUUUGAAGAUGAUGAUGUUUCUGACAAAGAAUUUACAAACCUUAUAAAUGAAAAUAAGAAAUUAAAAUACCGCAUCAACAUUCUUAAGAAGAGUAUGGGACGUCAAGGUGAAGACACUGGCAAGACAGCACCAGAAGAUAACUUCAGCAAUCACAUGUGCAACAUCCUGGGACAGCUUGAGGAUGUUUUUAAAAAUGCUGUGCAUGUUGCAUACCCUGAUGUUGCUGACCCAGUUAUACAAAUUCAACUCUCUAAACAUGCUGAUUACCAAUGUAAUGCUGCCAUGUCUCUAGCUAAGACUCUGAAGAAAAACCCACGUGAAGUUGGGCAGACACUUGUGAAGAGUGUAGCUCCGAGCCCUAUGAUAGCCAAGAUGGAUCUGUCAGGCCCAGGCUUCAUCAACAUUUUCCUCAGUCAGGACUUCAUAAAGCAGCAGGUUACCUUCCCCGCCGAUCAUCGGCGCAGCCUUCCCCGCCGAUCAUCGGCGCAGCCUUCCCCGCCGAUCAUCGGCGCAGCCUUCCCCGCCGAUCAUCGGCGCAGCCUUCCCCGCCGAUCAUCGGCGCAGCCUUCCCCGCCGAUCAUCGGCGCAGCCUUCCCCGCCGAUCAUCGGCGCAGCCUUCCCCGCCGAUCAUCGGCGCAGCCUUCCCCGCCGAUCAUCGGCGCAGCCUUCCCCGCUGAUCAUCGUGGUUUUUCUUCUUGCAGAUCCACAAUUAUUGGAGAUAGCAUAAGUCGCCUACUAGAGUUCCUGGGCCACGACGUAUUGAGGCUCAACCAUCUCGGUGACUGGGGCACACAGUUUGGUAUGCUCAUUGCUCAUUUACAGGACUGUUUUCCAGACUUUGCCAGUAAGCCUCCUCCAAUUGCUGACCUCCAGACCUUUUAUAAGGAAUCUAAGAGGAGGUUUGAUGAAGAUGAAGCUUUUAAGAAGAGAGCAUAUGGAGCUGUGGUGAAGCUGCAGGCACAUGACCCUUUACAUAUUAAAGGCUGGCAAGAGAUAUGUGAUAUAUCACAGAAAGAAUUUGAGAAGGUAUACGAGCGUCUUGGCAUCCAUAUAACAAAUCGAGGAGAGUCGUACUAUCAGAGUCGCAUGGAAGCUAUAGUAAAAGAACUAAAUGAUGCUGGUCUUUUAGAAGAAGACAAUGGCCGCAAGGUAAUGUUUGCUGAUGGUGCAGAUAUACCAUUGACAAUUGUGAAAUCUGAUGGGGGAUUUACCUAUGAUACGUCAGAUAUGGCCUGCAUCAAAAACAGGAUAGACGAAGAAAAGGGAGAGUGGCUCAUUUAUGUCACUGAUGCUGGCCAGUCCCAACAUUUUAAGAGCCUCCUCGCGUGUGCGAAAAGAGCAGGAAUAUAUCGGCCAUCAGUGACGCGUUUAGAUCAUGUACCAUUUGGUGUAGUUCUUGGAGAAGACAAGAAAAAAUUUAAGACAAGAUCAGGUGAUACUGUACGGUUAGUAGAGUUGCUUAAUGAAGGCCUCCAGCGAGCAGGGGAGAAGCUGAAGGAGAAAGACCGACACAAAGUACUGACACCUGAGGAGUUCACUAAAGCACAGGAGGCUGUAGCCUAUGGCUGUAUCAAGUAUGCUGACCUCUGCCAUGACAGGGCACGAGAUUAUAUAUUCUCUUUUGACCGUAUGCUGGAUUUUAGAGGUAACACUGCAGCAUAUUUACUUUAUGCUCUGACAAGGAUACGCUCCAUUGCUAGGACAGCUGGUGUGAAUCGAGAUGAAAUUAUAGCUGAAGCCAAAAAGAAGCCCAUUGACCUUGACCAUGAGAAAGAAUGGAAACUAGCUCGUACCAUCCUUAGGCUUCCAGACAUUCUUGUUCGAAUCACAGAAGACUUGUAUCUCCACCCGUUAUGUGAAUAUCUUUAUGAGGUUUCCACAGUGUUUACGGAAUUCUACGACAACUGUUAUUGUCUUGAAAAAGAUGAGACUGGGAAGAUUGUCAAAAUUAACAUGUGGCGUCUGAUGCUGUGUGAAGCAACUGCACAAGUAAUGGAGAAAUGCUUUUCCAUUCUUGGCAUUGAGACUGUUGACAAAAUGUAACUUGUAAUGUAGUAGGCUUUUUUUACUCUUAAUGCAGUUACAUGUCAGUUUUUUUUAAUUGAAUAUAGUUUUUGAAGGCUUUUAAAUCAAAUAAUUUGGUAAUACUAAAUGGGAAGAGCAUAUAACAAGUGCAAGGAAGUGGCAGAUCAAUCGGGUUAUGAUAGCUAUGUGGCCACAGGGGGCCACUAACAAAGUUGUCACUGACACUCUGGCAAGAGCAAAAAAAAAAUUUGAAAUCGACAGUAAAAAAUUACAUGAAUGCAUAAAUCCUCAAGAGCCAUGAUGAGGGGUUUGAACCUAUGCACGGGAUGUUCCCAGAUGCGCCUCAGUCAACAGUUCCACGAACAUGUCAUGGCACAGUUGACCGAGGCACAUCUGGGAACAUCCAGUGCAUAGGUUCGAACCCACAUCACGGCCCUUCUAGAUUUUUUCAUUUGAUAUACUGUAUCACGCUAUUGUGAUUUCUGUGUGUACACGAAUGCCCAAUUGUGCAGGAGCCUGAACUUUUGUGGAAAUUGCUGCUAUCUUUAUUCCGGCAUAUUUGUAAAAAAAAAUGAAUAAAUUUCAUUCCUGCAGUUUUUGGUGAAGGAGCUUCUCUAAGAUAAUAAAAAUUAUUUGUGCAUA